AUGACCGGGGAGUUAACAUUCGACCCGGCGGGCCAAGCGUCGGAGAAUCACGGCCUAGACUGCGUCUACUCGCAUACCGGCCCCUUAAACACCGCUACGGCCUCGAAAGAACACCUUGGUUCAUUAGAGGAACGCCUCGAGACUCUUGAGCGCCAGUUGCGCGGCCUCGAUAGCCGAGUUGACAGGAUAGAACACCGUGACGGGGAUCCCUCCCCGCAGUCAGCCCAUGCCUCGAGUGUGCCAGAGCACCGCAUCGCGGAUGCCGCCAUUGAUGAGGCGGAACCUCACGCCAACGUCGAGGCAAUCGAUGCCACUGACGGCGUAGGAUCUGUCAUCUUCACCAAGGAGGAACACACUGGCUUCUACGGUCCAUCAUCCAACAUCGCCUUCACGCGCGACAUCAUCGGCGCAACCAUGACCGUCCUUAAGCGCUCAGGCGCAGAAUCCGUCCCAGACUACCAGGACAGCUCCGGCGGCUUCGUACACAGCCACGUACUGCCCGUCUCCCGACCUCCAACCCCCAUCGCCGGCCAGCUACGCUCCAGCGGCGUAUACGGGCCCUCCCUCAACCCCUUCGACCUGCCCCCACCCGACGAGACCUUGCGCCUCACCUACCACGAGCUAUCGGCGAGGAACUUUAAAAACGUGCGGAGAUCGUGGCUGGGGAUGCUCAACAUGAUCAUGGCCCUUUCUACCAACACGCGGUAUCCAAGCGAUCUCACGCAGCAGCAGCGCAGGACCGAGUCCAACGUGUUCUAUCUCCGAGCCACGGUUCUGUGCGAGAAGCAAAUCAAGUUUGGUGCGAGCUUGGAAAUUGUACAAUAUCUCUUACUCGUCAGCCAUUACUUGCAGGGGACGGAGAGCUCCGUACAGACGUGGAACGUGCAUGGCCUCGCGGUCAAGGCAUCCUACCAGCUCGGGCUACACUCCAAGCACGCAUUAGAUCGAUACUCCCCUCUCGAACGCGAGAUGCGAGAUUCUCAGUCGCUUUACAUGAUCGUAGGCCGCGUCCUCGACGAGCUCUACGGCAGCAACCUCGACUGCGACACCUCCCAGGACAUCUUCAAAAUCGCCAGCAAAGUGUUCCAGAUCGAGCACCAAAUGUCGGAAGCCCAGCGCGGGAUCCCCUCCACCCUCCGCCUCAUCGAGGCCGCCGAGCUCCUGCACGAGCCCAGGCAGUCCUUCCAAGCCACCAAGUUCCGCGUCGUCUUCUCCCUGCGCUACAACAACCUCCGCAUCCUCGCCCACCGCCCGCUGCUGCAGAGGUACCUCGAGAUCCUCGGCAACCAGUCUAGCGACGUCCACCACCUGAGCUCCCUCCACCAGAUUGGCGGGAACAGCUUGCGCAUCUGCGUGCAGGCCGCGACGAGUAUCGUGGAACUCAUGGCUUUCCUGACCACGUCCUCUCCCGAGGACCGGGGCCUGCUCGGCGCUUGGUGGUUUUCCCUUUAUUAUACUUUCAAUGCGGCACUUGUCAUCUACUCCGUGCUUCUAAUCAAAGCAUAUACAGACGCUCAAGAUGACGGCUUGGCCCUCGGAAACAUUGAAAUCCGUCGUGGCUUGCUUCUUCAGGCAGUAGAAAGCCUAGCGACCCUCGACAUCGGCAAUCUCAGAGCAGAGAAAUGCGCCAGAUACAUUCUCAAACUAGAGCGAGCCCUAGAAGCGCUAAGUAAAUUUAACGACGGGCGGGGAAGUGAUGCCACGUCCACGGCCGUCGGUACAAAGCCAAUUGGCCAAGCUGCUGGCACCAGCGUCGCUGCAAUGGACGCCAUGGCUGACCUGUUCAGCCAAGAACAAACACCCAUUGGGAUGGACAUGUCGGAUCUUAUGGUGCCUGGGGAUCUCGACUUCCUGAAAUACUUUGAUCCCAAUAUGCAUUUGCUGUAG